GCCUGAGGACGUCGUAGCCCCCGCCCCCACUAUGGGCGCCCUGGCUCGCGCCCUCACGUUCUGCGUGGCCGUGGCGGUCGUGACCGGCGCCGCCUCGGGGCCCCCCGGCAUGGAGCAGCGCGUCGUGCGGAGAGCGGCAGAGGCCCCGGGACCUGAGCCCGGCCCGCAGGAGCAGCUGGUCUUUGGCAGCGGGGACACCGUGGAGCUGAGCUGCCACUUGCCUGCAGGUGGCCCCACAGGGCCCAGCGUUUGGGUCAAGGACGGUGUGGGGCUGGCGCCCUCAGACCGCAUCCUGGUGGGGCCUCAGCGGCUGCAGGUGCUGAACGCCUCCCACGAGGACGCGGGGGCCUACAGCUGCCGGCAGCGGCUUACCCAGCGCGUGCUAUGCGACUUCAGCGUGCGUGUGACAGAUGCCCCGUCCUCCGGGGAUGACGAAGACGGAGAGGAUGAGGCUGAGGACACAGCCGGGGCCCCUUACUGGACGCGGCCCGAGCGGAUGGACAAGAAGCUGCUGGCUGUGCCGGCCGCCAACACCGUCCGCUUCCGCUGCCCGGCCGCCGGCAACCCCACUCCGUCCAUCUCUUGGCUGAAGAACGGCAAGGAGUUCCGGGGGGAGCACCGCAUCGGGGGCAUCAAGCUGCGACACCAGCAGUGGAGCCUGGUCAUGGAGAGCGUGGUCCCGUCGGACCGCGGCAACUACACGUGCGUUGUCGAGAACAAGUUCGGCAGCAUCCGACAGACCUACACCCUGGACGUGCUGGAGCGCUCUCCGCACCGGCCCAUCCUGCAGGCGGGGCUGCCGGCCAACCAGACGGCGGUGCUGGGCAGCGACGUUGAGUUCCACUGCAAGGUGUACAGCGACGCCCAGCCCCACAUCCAGUGGCUGAAGCACGUGGAAGUGAACGGCAGCAAAGUGGGGCCCGACGGCACCCCCUAUGUCACCGUGCUCAAGACGGCGGGCGCUAACAGCACCGACAAGGAGCUAGAGGUUCUAUCCUUGCGCAAUGUCACCUUUGAGGACGCGGGGGAGUACACGUGUCUGGCGGGCAAUUCUAUCGGGUUUUCCCAUCACUCUGCGUGGCUGGUGGUGCUGCCAGCCGAGGAGGAGCUGCUGGAGGCCGGUGCCGCGGGCAGCGUGUAUGCGGGCGUCCUCAGCUACGGGGCGGGCUUCCUCCUCUUCAUCCUGGUGGUGGCCGCCGUGACACUGUGCCGUCUGCACAGUCCCCCGAAGAAGGGCCUGGGCUCGCCCACCGUGCACAAGGUCUCCCGCUUUCCACUCAAGCGACAGCAGGUGUCCUUGGAGUCCAACUCGUCCAUGAACUCCAACACGCCGCUGGUGCGAAUCGCCCGGCUGUCUUCCGGGGAGGGUCCUGCGCUGGCCAACGUCUCCGAGCUCGAGCUGCCCGCCGACCCCAAGUGGGAGCUGUCCAGGGCCCGGCUGACCCUGGGCAAGCCUCUCGGGGAGGGCUGCUUUGGCCAAGUGGUCAUGGCAGAGGCCAUCGGCAUUGACAAGGACCGGGCCGCCAAGCCUGUCACUGUGGCUGUGAAGAUGCUGAAAGACGACGCCACAGACAAGGACCUGUCGGAUCUGGUGUCGGAGAUGGAGAUGAUGAAAAUGAUCGGCAGACACAAGAACAUCAUCAACCUGCUGGGGGCCUGCACGCAGGGCGGGCCCCUGUACGUGCUGGUGGAGUACGCGGCCAAGGGGAACCUGCGCGAGUACCUGCGGGCGCGGAGGCCGCCAGGCAUGGACUACUCCUUCGACACGUGCAAGCUGCCCGAGGAGCAGCUCACCUGCAAGGACCUGGUGUCUUGUGCCUACCAGGUGGCGCGGGGCAUGGAGUACCUGGCCUCGCAGAAGUGCAUCCACAGGGACCUGGCGGCCCGCAACGUGCUGGUGACCGAGGACAACGUGAUGAAGAUUGCGGACUUUGGUCUGGCCCGCGACGUGCACAACCUUGACUACUACAAAAAGACCACCAAUGGCCGGCUGCCCGUGAAGUGGAUGGCACCCGAGGCCUUGUUUGAUCGAGUCUACACCCACCAGAGUGACGUCUGGUCCUUCGGGGUCCUGCUCUGGGAGAUCUUCACUCUGGGGGGCUCGCCGUACCCCGGCAUCCCCGUGGAGGAGCUCUUCAAGCUGCUGAAAGAGGGCCACCGCAUGGACAAGCCCGCCAACUGCACACACGACCUGUACACGAUCAUGCGGGAGUGCUGGCACGCGGUGCCCUCGCAGAGGCCCACCUUCAAGCAGCUGGUGGAGGACCUGGACCGCAUCCUCACCGUCACGUCCACCGAUGAAUACCUAGACCUGUCGGUGCCCUUCGAGCAGUACUCGCCGGGCGGCCAGGACACCCCCAGCUCCAGCUCUUCGGGGGACGACUCCGUGUUUGCCCACGACCUGCUGCCUCCGGCCCCUCCCGGCGGCGGGGGCCCUCGGACGUGAAGGGCCGCCGGCCUGCAGGCCGAGCCCCCACCAAUGUGAGAGCAGACCCCAGCUCACCGUGCCGCCGUCGACCGCAGGGGCCCCCUGGCCUGGGCCUCAGACCCGGGCCAGAUGGACGGACGGACGGACAGCUUCGUGUGUGUGCGCGCGUGAGUCUUGAGGCCCCCCGGCGCCCCGGCGCAGGGUCCCUGGGGUGCCCGCCCUGCUGUAUGAUGACCUCCUGGCCACGUGUGCUGGCAGCACCAGGGGGACCGAAUGUAGAAUGUAAAGGGGCUCCUUCCUGGGGCCCCUCCCCCAGGCUCCCCCCACCCAUCGCUGCCCCGCCGGGGAGCACUGGGGGGGGGGGGGCCGGCCAAGCUCUGGCAUCCAGCGUGGACCGAGGCCCCUCCACUUGCCCAAGCUGAGCCUGCAGGGAAGCCUCCCCCCGCCCCGCCCCCCCAUGACACACCUCCCACCCAGCGGCACCUUGGGCCUGGGGGGGGAGUGCUAGCCCGCAGCCUCCCCCCACCUCCAGGCCUCCCCACUUCCCACCCUGCUCCUUGGGAGACUGAAUUACGGGUACCUGAAGGCAGGAGGCUUUAACUUCUGUCCGAGAGGUUCGUUCCAGAAAUGAGUGUACAUUUAUAUAAAUAGAUGCUGUGUACAGGAUCUACACAUACGUAUAUAUAGAGAUAUCUAUACGGAGGGAGGAGGGCUGGUCUAAACGGGCACGGGACCCUGAGGGUGCAGGAGGGAGGCGCAGCCGCCGGCCCGGGAGGUUCCCGAGGGAUCUGCUGAGAUCAACGCGAGAACCAGCAGGAGCUCGAGAGGCUUUUCUGGCCACGCAGUUUUGUUUUAAAAAGUGUAUAUUUGUAAAGCUAUUUAUCGACCCCCAGAACCCCCGGCCCUGUGCCCCUCUCCCCCCGUGCUCAUAGUGUUCAGCCAGCCGCGUGGCAGAGAGGUCUCAGUUUUAACUUAUUAACAGCCGAGAAGGUUCCUGCUUCAUGUAGAGGGCCCGCUAAGGGCUUCACCCCAAAGCCCGGCCAGGUCCCUUGCACCCUUAAGGGUCGUUAAUAGUUUGAGGUGAUUCUAGUGAGGAUAUUUUAUUUCCUUUGGCCUUCUUUCACAGGGGAAUUAGGUUUCUAUAGGGUUUUUCUUUAGGAGAUGUAUUUUUUGGACUUCAAAGCAAGCUGGUAUUUUCAUACAAGUUCUAAUUGCCAUGUGUUCUGAGUGAGGAGGCAGUUUCCAGGGGGGGGGGGGGCAACCCUGCGCGCAGGUUCAGAUGUUAUUAGAUGUUACAAGUUUAUAUAUAUCUAUA